AUGAAGCUUUGCAUCGCGUCUUUCGGUCUUUUUCUCGUACAAUGUUUAAUUGGGGCUGCUAAUGCUGACUGUGCGCCGGUGUCUGGGUCCCUUACUCUCAAGACUUCGCAAGAUGUCACAACAGUUUCAAAGUGUACGGACUUCACUGGGAAUAUUGUCGUCGCGGCCGAUGGACCUGAGGAGAUUGCACUUGACGGGAUCCACACGGUCACUGGAAAUAUUGAUGUUGAGAAUGUCGCACAGCUCCGCUCGCUCUCUUCUAACUCACUUGAGGUUGUUCAGAGCCUGACGUUGAUGAAUCUCCCCAAGCUCUCGAAUCUUAGCUUUCCAGCGUUAUCGAAUUUCUCCUCACUGCAAUGGAAGAAUCUGCCAUCUUUCGAGCACUGUGCUGUCGCCGGAACGCAUAAUGGCGAAAUCCAAGAAAUCACGGUUACGAACACUUCGCUCAAGAGCAUGGAUUGGUUGGUCUGGCCGGUUCAAUUGUUGAACAUUACCGAGAACGCCAGCCUUGAGACUUUCAGCAUCCCUUACAAUUCUAUUAAUACGGGUAGCUCGCUUACCUUCUCUGACAAUGCUGCUCUUGCAAACAUCACCGUCUCGCAAUUAUCUGGAAUCUACGGUGGUUUGCAAGUCUCGGGUAAUAAUGCCCUUUCCAAGCUCUCCUUCGAAGCGAUGGAGACAAUUGGGGGUUAUGUCCAACUCAGCGGCGAUUUCAAGAACGUCUCUAUGCCUGCACUCAACUCAAUCAAUGGCGGACUGAACGUCCAGUCCACUGGCGACAUUACAGCACUAUGUAUCAACUUGCAAGAAAAGGCGUCCUCCCAUGUCCUCAAAGGACACUAUGACUGCACACCAAACGUCCAGAAGAGUCCAGCGUCUCCAACCACCAUGAGCAGUGCGUCCACCGCGAAACCAACGUCCCCAACAAUAACUACAAUACCAACCCCCUCUCCAAGCCCCCAAGGCAGCGGGCUCUCUAUCUGGGGAAAAGUAGGCAUAUCCGUCACAGUUCUUGUCAUUGCCUUCACCACUCUCGCCCUCACAAUCUUUUACUUCCGCCGUCGUAACCAUUCCAAAGUCCAAGAAAUCCAGCAAAAGAAAAUCGACUCCAUCGAGCUGGCUGAUUCGGACGCUGGAGCUGGAGCUUCGAUACCUAAGGAACUAGAAUCUCCGCAUAUCCGAUUAGAACUGGCGGCAGGGAAGAUUGCCCAGGAGCUACCAGCAUAUGUUCCGCAUGAAUUACUGGCCAAGCAUGGGAGCAGCGAGUUGCAUAGCCCUACGGCGAGCUUUACGAGUGUGAGGAGUGAUGUGCCAUUGAUUCGACAUGAGUUACCUGGUUGA